AUGUCUCUUCUCUUUCGUCUGUCUGUCUACGCUUUUUUGGCCGCUUCGGCGGCCCCCAAGAGACGCCUCUUCUAUCUACUGGCCCGCUGCCCCACUGGCCAGCCCACGGCCUCCACUCGCAGCCCUGAUGACGCUGCCAGUGGAGGCAGCUAUAAGGUACGCUGCCUGACGCGAUGUGGGUACUCACUUGUGUGUUCCCAUCUUUGCUUCGACUCUCAGGAGUUGAUUCGCCUCCCCAAGGACAAGCUCCGCGCCGAGCGGGAGGAGUGGGCCAAGAAGGAGGCGAUGUUCGAAAAGGUAGGAGGGAGAGGGAAGGCGAGCCGAUGGCUGCCAAUUACCUCUGCUGCCCUGUCUUUCAGGAGAUACUAGGUGUCUGCCGGGAGAACUCUGAGUUUAACCUGGUAAGAUCAUCGACUUGAGCACAUGCCAAUCUGAAUGCCGUCUGGUGUGUGCGUAGGAGCUGACGGCCAAGAAGGACGACAACCGUCAACUGCUGGAGCAGCUCACCGAUAAUAACUUCAAGAAACCAGCACGAAAGGUACGCAUCAAAGGAGUAUGCACCUGCUUCAAUCAUGCAUUUGUGUGCGUGGGUUUGUGUGUCAGACCACAGCGACACAGACGGUGUCACUGACACAUGGGCAGACCGACGUCCAUUUAUUCUACGUUUGUCUGUGUGUGGGUGUGUGUGUGCAGGUUGGUGCGUCCGUUGGUGGUGCUGCCAAGGUCCAUUCGGUCGCUGCUGCUGCUGGCGAAAUUGGGAAGACCUCGACGCCGUCGCCUGCCGGGAAUGUGAGCGCUCACACACAUCCACCCACUCACUGACGACAUGGCCAAAUCCAAGUGCACCUGCCUCUGUGUGUGGUUUGUGUGCGUGCAGUCUGGUUCGGUCCUCACUGGUGGUGAGAAGGUUGGUGGUGCUGCUGCUCGUCACGGCGGGUUCCGCGGGAGUUUAGAGAGGACGUAAGCCAUCUCAGUUGACUCGAUCCGAUUGACCAGUAAUGAUGUGUGUGACGCGGUUGUGUGUUGCAGAACUUCCCGGUGAUUCGGCUAUGUCACCACGAGGUAUGCAAUUGAAGAUGAGUCGUGGCACAUGAGAUCUCACCUGCCGUCGUUUCUGUGACGCAUCAGGGCCGCAACCACAACCACCACCACCACCCCGGCCGCCGCAACUUCACUCGGAUUCCUUUUUGGCGAGACAGGUAGGGUGCAGCCAGUCGAGCAGUUCCUAUAAUGCGUGAUGUUCUGUGUUGUCUGUCUGCAGGGAUGCGGUUCAGCUACUCCUACGAGCUGCCGGCACAGGAAGACCCCGUCUACUUCCAGCACCAGUGCCCCUUCCCCCGGCAGCCCCGCCGCCACCACAUGCACCCUGGCUCUCGCUGCCAGUGA